AUGCAGCUUCAGUCGCGUCCAGUGAUUAUUUUCGCUAUUUUGUUAGGCUUUCUGGUUGACUUUGUAUUAUCUGCUGCCAGAAUUCAGAAAGCCUCGAAGAAACAAUUAGCCCACAUCAAAACCUUGUUGAAUGAAGAUAUUGAAAGAAAAAAUGCUUUAAUUCAGAAUGACGGCAUUGAUUUUUUCGCUGAUCUUAAACGAAACCCAAAUGCCGUUCGUCAUCACGACGAAUUGUCUGUGAAUAACGCCGACGAAUAUUUUCAAGGCGACGUCGAUUUAUCCGAACAACAGGUCAAAAUCAUCGAAGAUCAGUUUAAGGAGGGUAAACGUGAAAAAAGAAAGAUUGGACGGUCACCGCUUUACAAGAAAUGGGAUCUCUCUCGAGCGAUUAGUUUUGAUUUUGCCGAGAGUAUACCUCCGAGUACCAGAAUUAAAACUAAGGAUGCUAUGAGAAUGUGGCAAUGGCACACGUGCAUUCGAUUUGAGGAAAGUGGGCCAAAUGUAGACCGCUUAGAAUUCUUUGAUGGUGGUGGAUGUUCGUCAUUCGUUGGAAGAGUUGGUGGAACGCAGGGCAUAUCUAUUUCAACUCCUGGUUGUGAUGUUGUCGGCAUUAUCAGCCACGAAAUCGGGCAUGCAUUGGGUAUUUUUCACGAGCAAGCCAGACCUGAUCAGGAACGGCAUAUCGCGAUUAAUUACAACAAUAUCCCAUUGUCUCGAUGGAAUAACUUUCAACCUGUUGAUGACAAUCACGCAGAAACUUUUGACCUUCCAUAUGACACAGGAAGUGUAAUGCAUUACGGACCGUAUGGUUUUGCAUCAGAUCCUUACACGCCAACAAUUCGGACUUUGGAAAGGGUACAACAGUCAACUAUCGGACAAAGAGCUGGACCAUCAUUCUUGGAUUACCAAGCGAUCAAUAUGGCUUACGGAUGCAUUGAUCGUUGCGAUCCACUUCCAUGUCUUCGAAAUGGAUACCCGCAUCCAAAUAAUUGCUCAACUUGUGCGUGUCCUGACGGACUGGCUGGUCAGUUUUGCGAAAAUGUUUAUCCAUCUACAGCUGGUUGCGGUGGAGUCAUUUUUGCUAACAAAGAAGUUAAGUAUAUUACUAGCCCAAAUUAUCCAAACGAUUUUCCCUUAAAUUCCCAGUGUAAUUGGAUUAUAAUAGCCCCUGCAGAAGGACGAGUUUUCCUUGAAUUUGAAGAUGAUUUCGAUUUCCUUUGUGAAGAUACAUGUGACAAGGCAUAUGUAGAAAUCAAAUAUCAUAAUGAUAAACGAUUAACGGGUGCACGAUAUUGCUGCUCGCUUCUUCCUCGAAGCAGAUUCAUCUCUUUUAAUAACGAAAUGAUUGUUAUGAUGAGGGGUUUCAAGGUCUCAAGCAAAGGAUUCCGUGCCAAAUUUUGGUCCAAUUUGGGAGAACCUGAUGGUGUUACCACCCCUCUCCCUCCGCCUGUCACCCCGGAACCAACAGAUUUGGCAUUUGUAACGACAGAUGAGCCGUUGCCGCCAAUUCCGGAAAUUUUCACAACUAUAACCGAAAAAUCAACUACGUUGACACCUAAAACGACAGUAAAGAAGCUGAACUUGAAGCCUACCACUGUUCCUUUGAGUAAAAUAUUGACUACAACGCUACCACCAACAGAAAUCACAACCCAAAGUAGGGCCACAUUUGUAACAGGAGAAACUGAAAUUACAACGACAACGACACCAAUGACAUUGUUUCCAAUGCUUUCAACGAUAAUACCCCAUGUCAAUCCAUUGGCUGGUGUGCUCCCAUCGACCCAAGCUCCCGAUAUUAUAAAUAACGUUUUAGAAUGUGGAUGCGGAGCUUGGUCUGAAUGGGUUGGUGAUUGUUCCCAAGAAUGCGGAGGCUGUGGACAUCGUCGCCGUACCAGAGAAUGCAAAAAGCAAUCAUGCAGAAAAGAGGAAAAACGACCUUGUAACUUCAACGCAUGUCCAGAUGGUACCAACUUUUUGAUAAAUAAUAACGAAUUUCAUAUAUUAUGGAGAGGAUGCUGUGUUGGAUUAUUCCGAUCUGCUGACCAAUGCACCGCCCUGGAAACGGAGCAAAAUCCAUUCUUCAAAAUCAUUAAUAGCCUUUUGAGUAUUCAAGAUGCUAAGAAUAAUAGUACUUUAAUUACUAAACGUCUAAUGCGAGGUGAGCAUUAA